UCCUGCAGCUUUGGGUGCCACCUGUUGUGCCAGGCGCAUGCCGCUGAACAAGAGGAGAUGCCGUUUGGAUUCUCCGUGAAUGUUCGGAGGAGGAAUGCCCGAGCUGCCGGCUGAAAACUAUCUAAACAAAAGAAAUAUGUAGGCUGGGGACCCUGAAUCACCUCGUGAGAAUUGCUGCUCUUUCUUUCCUCUGUCUUAUCUCGUGAGGAGUUUCUAGUUUGGUUAUCUUAAUUGGAAGUUCUGCCCAGAACCAUAUCUGCCAAGGCCAAAAGUAACCAUUUCCAGUUUCUUAAUACAGGCUUGUGUGUGGACUCUGGUCCCCCUGGGUGAUCCCUGAGUGUUGUGGUCACUGCCCUGGAGGGAUCUUCAUAGGACAGCACGCCUGAUCCUGGCUGGGGGCCCCUGAGUGCCUCUGGUGGAUGCUUGUUCCAAGAGCAAUCCCCAGGAUGGACUUUCUGGUUCUCUUCUUGUUCUACUUGGCUUUUAUGCUGAUUGGUGUUGUUACGAUCUGCAUCUGCUCGAAAACCCAUUGCUUGAAAGGCCUGGUCAGAAGAGGAGCACAGAUAUUUUCAUAUAUAAUUCCAGAAUGCCUUCGGAGAGCCAUGCUAAGAUUUCUUCAUUACCUCUUCCAUACACGAAACCACACCUUUGUUAUCCUGCAUCUCAUCUUGCAAGGGAUGGUUUAUACUGAAUACACCUGGGAAAUAUUUGGCCUCUGUCAAGAGCUGGAGUUCUCCUUGAAUUACCUUUUUCUGCCUUAUCUGCUGCUGAUUGUAAAUCUGGUUUUUUUUGCCCUAAGUUGUGAAACAAACCCUGGUACCAUAACAAAAGCAAAUGAAUUACUGUUUCUUCAAGUUUAUGAAUUUGAUGAAGGGAUGUUCCCAAAGAACAUGAGGUGUUCUACUUGUGGUUUAAGGAAACCAGCGCGAUCCAAGCACUGCAGUGUGUGUAACCAGUGUGUGCACCGCUUUGACCAUCACUGUGUGUGGGUGAACAACUGCAUCGGGGCCUGGAACAUCAGGUACUUCCUCUUCUACCUCUUGACGUUGACGGCCUCGGCUGCCACCAUGGCUGUGGUGAGCACCGUGUUUCUGGUCCAGCUGGUGAUGGUGUCGGACUUGUACCUGGAGCCUUACGUCGAUGACUUUGGACACUUGCAGGUGGUUGACACUGUCUUUGUUAUUCAGUACCUGUUCCUGACCUUCCCGAGGAUUGUCUUCCUGUUGGGCUUUGUCGUGGUGCUGACCUUCCUCCUGGGGAGCUACCUGUGCUUCUGUCUGUACCUGGCCGCUACCAACCAGACCACUAACGAGUGGUACAGAGGUGCCCGAGCCUGUUGCCAGCAUUGCCCCCACGUGGCCUGGACCCCAUCAGCAGAGCCCCAGGUUUACCGGAACAUUCACUCCCGUGGGCUUUGGAGCAACCUUCGCGAGAUCUUUCUACCUGCUGUCGCACAUUAUGAGAGAAAGAAGAAAUAAGAAUGGGAAGAGUGUUACUGCCUUUUAAAUAUAGUAUAUGUUUAUUUAUACAUAUGGA